AUGCUGCCUCUCUUUCUUGAGGGCGUGCUCUUACUCGGCGGCGGCGGUCUGGUCAUUUAUCUGGCUAUGUUCGGCCUAUACAGGUCAGUGGGACCGCUUAUCCUCGACUCGGCGACAAUCGAUGGCAUCGCAAAUACUAUCUACACCCGACGAUCACUCUCAAGAGGACCGCGAAUCGUGGCGAUUGGCGGUGGCACCGGACUUUCCGUCUUACUCCGUGGACUAAAGUCAUACACCGAUAACUUAACGGCGAUAGUGACGGUGGGGGACGAUGGAGGGAGUUCAGGUCGCCUGCGUGAAGAGUUGGGCGUACUACCGCCGGGUGACUUCCGUAAUUGUCUGGUUGCCAUGUCCGAUGCAGAAUCGCUUGUGACCGAGUUAUUCCAGUACAGAUUUGAACAGGGCGAUUGCCUUAAAGGGCACAGCUUCGGCAAUCUCUUCAUUGCGGCGAUGACCAGCGUCACGGAGAGUUUUGACAGGGCGCUAAUUGAAUCCAGUAGAGUUCUGGCAGUACAUGGCAGGAUAAUACCUGCGACGAUGGCGAACCUGCGGUUGUCAGUGAAAUUGGAGAAUGGCGAUGUCAUUCAUGGCGAGUCUAAGGUUGCCGGCGCGCGUGGCGGGAUCGAACAGCUAAUGAUCGAUCCGCCCAAUGCUGUUGCCCACACGAUGGCGGUAGAGGCCCUACAAGACGCUCAGCUCAUCGUAAUAGGUCCGGGGAGCCUGUACACGAGCAUCCUGCCCAACCUUAUGGUGACGGGGAUUGCAAACGCCAUUGCAGAGUCCUCCGCCAAUAAGGUGUAUGUGGCUAACAUAGCCACACAGCAGGGUGAAACCGAAGGUUAUUCUGUGAUCGACCAUCACAAUGCGCUAACCAAGCAUACCUUCCCAGACAUCGUUGACCAUGUGAUCGCCAACGAAAAUCCGCAGGAACUGGGGCCGAACUUUUUCGGUACUCCGGUGCGCUACAACGGAGAGCAACUGAAGACGGCGCGCCUGCAUCUGGAAGACCUCACAGACGCUUCCCAUCCCGUUCGGCACGACUCAGAAAAGCUGGCGAGGUUCAUAAUGGAAGUGUAUCAUAAGGGCAACAAGCCAAGAUCGCUCGUCAGUCUGGUGAUGAACCUAACAACAUCCUUGCGGUAG